GCACCCGGUGGUUGGACGUUGUCUCUCCGCCGGCUUGAGUAUGGGGGUUAGUGGUCAGGAGACGGUAUAAAGCAGAGCGAAGACAAGACUCGGGCUCACUAAUAACGAGAUAAAAGGGGAGAGAGUGCGUAACCAGCGAACGAUAUUUAGUACCGCGCGACCGUCGAACAAGGACUUUCCAAUUUUUGUAUCUCGGCCUGACGAUAGCCGGCAUCAAGCGCUCGCAAACCGUAAACAGGACUUGUUUCUCGUGAAAUUAACUAUUAUCCGAUCGCUGAAAAACGAUAGAAGUGUAAAAAAGUGUUGUUAGACUGUUUUCGCCAUUUUCCAGUGUUUCAGUUUUGGUGAACCAGCGCAACGGCUGCCUAAUUCUCUGACCUUACGGCCAAGGAGACAGAAAAAGAGAAUCACCGUCAAGUCAAACAAAUCAGGUCACAACCAUGAAAUUCACGAUCCCGCUGCAACAGUUCAAGAAAUGUAUAAUUCUAUUCCUGCUGGCCGUCAUUUGUACCAUAGGUGCCUAUUUUACCUACAUAAUAAACCCGAUGAAGCUAAUAAUAGAUUACAAAUUGCAAAUGACACCGAAUUCACUAGUUUUCGACUUAUGGAAGAAGCCUCCUAUCGAUAUUUUCAUCAAGGUAUAUGUAUUUAAUAUUACGAACUCGGAGGAAUUUCUCAGAGGCGAAGAAAAAUUGAAGGUUGCAGAAACUGGACCAUACGUAUAUCAGGAAAUAUUAGAGAAUCACAAUGUCACGUGGUACGACAACAAUACGAUUUCAUAUCAUCCGAGGCGAACGAUACUAUUCGUUCCAGAAAUGUCCAGUGGUGACCCAAAGGCUGAUAUGCUGUACGUGCCGAACAUACCAAUGCUGGGGAUUUCUUCGACGUUGCACGACGCAAGUUUCCUUGUCAAUUUUCCAUGGUCAAGUCUGGUCAACAUGUUGGACAGCAAACCGAUCCUGCACAUCACCGCUCACGAUUAUCUUUGGGGCUACGAAGACAGACUAGUGCACUUGGCGAGCAGUAUUGUGCCAAGCUUCAUUAAUUUCCGGAAAUUUGGCCUGCUUGAUAGGAUGUACGACGAAGGAGAUAAUAUCGUGUUCAUGAACAUUGGAAAAAACAAGAACAUGACCGAGGAGGACGGACGGUAUCUGAGCAUCGAAACUUACAAUUACAGUCCAGGAAUGUCACAAUGGGGAUAUCAAGAACCAGAAGGAAACGAGACGCUGCCACAAAACACCAUUUGCAACCGUGUCCGAGGAUCCACCGAAGGAGAAUUGUUCCCAUCGAAUUUGGACCCGCACGCGGUGUUCAGAGUGUUCAGAAAAGCGUUUUGCAAAGCAAUUCCGAUCACAUUUAAGGAACAACUUUGGCUGGACAACGGUUUCGAAGGAUAUCUGUACAGUGUAGCUGACAAUUUCUUAGAUACACCGGAUGAGAAUCCAGAUAACGAGUGCUUCUGCAAGAAAAAGUCUCAAUGUCUCAAGAAAGGACUUAGCGAUAUGACACCGUGUUAUUACAGUAUCCCAGCAGCUAUGUCUUUGCCACACUUUCUUAACGCAGAUCCGAGUUUGCUGAAUGAUGUCGAAGGCCUUAGUCCAGACUUCGACAAGCAUUCAUCGAAAAUCAUUCUACAACCGACGAUUGGCAUUCCGUUGAAGGUCAACUCAAGACUACAGAUCAAUCUCGUGAUGCACAACACUUACAAUUCCCGUACUAGCAUCUUCAAUGGUCUCACGUUACCACUGUUCUGGACUGAUCUGGUAAAUACUAUUUAAAGUAAAUACUUUAAC